UGUUUAGACAGGGACCUCAGUUGGAUCAUGGUCCGGCCAACAGCCUGGCUCCUGGGUGGGCUAUUGGGUUUGAUGUGGGUAAUACCUGUUUUGAUGACACCCACAACAAUUGCCCAGUGCACGUCGUUGAAGACAUUGGAAACAAAACUCACCGACAGAAGACGUAAUAUGAGGCACAAUUUCCCCAUUAAUUACACCAUCAGAGUUCACUUUGAGGAGGUCUUCAAACUUAGCAAUAUCAGCAGACUAAGGGUGAGGGUAGUGGAUCUGGAGGAGGGGGACCUACAGGAUGUGUGGCUGUUGGUCAACCAGGAGGUGUUGAAGAGGAUCUUGAGGGUCCUGCCAGAGAGACAUCCCUCCUACAAGUACACCGCCGAUCUGGAAGACCUCUUCAGGAAGGUCCAGCAGGUGUUCCCACCACAGAGUGAUGAGAAAGAGCCACCAGAGCGAAUAGAGGAUAUCUACAAUAGAGUGAAGGAGCCCGACUCAAAAGGGUGGAGGUUCGUGACCCCCAAAUCCCUGUUGGAUAACUGCUAUAGGACAAUGCACUGUCUCUUCAAAAACUGCUUUCCCAGUGAAGAUGGAGAGCAAGACUGUGAGUUCACUUCAUUCCCUUACUAUACUUCCUGUCUUCAUUUACCUCUUACCUCUGCCCUAACCUCUCUAUGUUGGCAUUUUCCCCAGGAACACAAACCUACUCAACUGGUUUGGCAUGUUUUGUUAAUUGUGUCUCUUCAGUGUCUGUAGACACUAUGUUGUUCUUAUUCAACACU